AUGGCCACAAAACUGCCAACAACGAAAGAAAGCAGGAACUUUGAAGACUUGGUGACCUGUAAAAUAUGUCUUAAACAUUUUGUUGAUCCACGUUUAUUGCCUUGCUCGCACACAUAUUGUUUUGGAUGUAUAUGCAAAGCAGCUUCGUACACCAAUGGGGAUUUCAUGUGUCCUCUGAAGGAUGGAACUACAGUUCAGCAAAAUCAGAUUAAUUCAUUACGACUGAAUCAUGCCAUGGCUGAGGUGGUUAAAAUGGUAUUUGAUGAUUACAAACAGAAUAAUAAUCCUCCGAGUAAUUCUGGUGGUAACCGACAAAGAUUCAAAGAAAAUAUGAUAUUGGUCAGUGGUUUACCAUUGGACAUAUCUGAAGAACAUCUACUCGAUAAAUUGUGGAAAGUAUUUUCAACUGUCGGUAACAUUAAAAUUAACCAAGAAACAAAGGGAGCCUCUAUAGAUUUAUUUAGAAAAAUAGAUAACAAACCGCCAUUGAAUGGCACGGCAACAAUCACAUUUGAACGAGAAGAAUCGGUAGUGAAAGCAAUUGAAAAAUAUAAUGGAAAAUGUGUACCGAUCUUAAACAAUAAUCAAAUUUAUGUCAAGAAAUCAGAAGUAACAACUGGAGGACUAGUACACCCUUCUCCCAAUUCAACUGAAUUAAAGGUUUGGGUGAAAAUUGAAAAAAGACUGGCCAGAAAAGAAGAAUUUACUUGCACUAUCGACAUUGACGAUCUAAAAAAAAGGGUAUUCAAAGAGCAAAAUGACAGAGAUUUAUACGAAGCCUAUUAUCGCAAUCAACCAUUGGGGCCUGGAGAAAGAGUUCCAUCGGGCACGACCAGUGAUCAACCGAUCGUAUUACGGAAUAUUAAACCUCAGCCACCAGAGCCUGGCGGUCCGUCUCCUGUCACGCCAAAGCCGGUGUCUGCUCCAGAGCCAUUUGUAUCAACAGACUAUCAUAUUAUUGUUGAUUGUUCAAAUAUAUUCAUUGGCUCUCAAACAAUCCGUGAUCCAACAACUGGAGCAACUCAAAAAAAUCCAGCUAUUCGUGUAAAUGUUAAGAAUCUUGUUAGAGUAGUUGAAAAUGAUAAAUUAAAGAUAUAUAUUAAAACACGUAUUGCUGGUGGAAGUAAACCACCAGAAAAUUUGCCGGUUUGGAAAGAAUGGGCAUCUUGUGGUUAUAAAUGCAUAGUGAUUGAGCGUUCAGUGAGUGGCCCAGAAGAUGGUGUGGACGAGAUGUUGCAUGCUCAAAUUUUACAACUCCUUCAUAUUUAUAAAGAUACUCAGACUAGAUCACAAGUUCUUGUUUUGGUUACUGGCGAUGGAAAUAUAAACGGGGGGCGAACAAGUUUUCUUCAGUCUGUAGAGAGUGUAUUGACAAGUAAUUGGAGUGUGGAACUUUGGUCAUGGGAACGAUCAUUGAGCCAACAUUUUUUAAGUACUCAGAGAUUCUUUCCAAGUCGAAUGACAAUUAAAUAUUUAGAUUCUUAUAGAAACGAUAUUACAUUUAUACAAAAACCCAGAGAAAACUGA